AUGUGGUCUGGUAUCACCCGCGGCCUGCCGCUGGCUCUCGUAGCCACGGCAUCCGCCAUGUCGACUUGGAAAGACUUCGAGUUCGAGCGUCAGCACGGCAAGGAGCAGGGAAAGCCCGCACCAUGGCUCUCUCAUAUCGACAACGGCAAUAGCCAGUCCUACAUCGUCAAACUGGACUGUGUCGGCUGUCCCCAUGGUUCGGAACGCUUCGGAGAAUGGAAGGACGACCCAAGAGACAGCUCCUUGUUGCUCAACUUCACUGCUACCUCAUCCGAUGGCAUGCUCCUAAAUGGCUAUCCAUUCCUCAACAUCGCGGCGCACCCACCCGGCAUCGAGGCCGUCCAAGUCGCCUCGGACAUCCCCAAAGCACCUUUCGACAUGUUGCUUGGGAAGCACAUCAUCAAUGAACGCCCCGCAAACCCUCGCAAGGGACGGAAGUUCUCGAGAUACGCUCUUGAAUACGAACACACCAUCCUACGCGCCGACGGCUCUAGCGAGGAUGAGUUGUUGCAGUUCGAUGUAACUGCUAUCUACAGGUUCAACUUCCCCAAUCCGGGCACCUGGAGCUUGAACCAAGAGGGCCAGAAGAUGGUGCAGAUCAAGCUCAAGCCGGGAUUCCAGUAUGGGCAUGAUCUGUUCGUAGCUGAAGAUAUUCAGCUCAUCGAUCGUAAGGAUCGAGCACAGCCUAUGAAGAUGAAAUGCGGCCGACUUGCUAUGGUCAAGACCGAUUACAACCCUACCGAAUGGGAUGCCUACGGCAAGCUCGGAACGUGGUCCAGGACUGGAAAUGUCGUUGCCUCGCAGGCCUACGACUUCAUGAAGAACAAUGUGGUACUGAUUGUCGCUGUGUUCUUCGCUUUCGCAGUUGUCAAGGCAUUCCGAAGACGCGCAGCACGGCGAGCACAGGAGGCUCUCGCGCUGGAUGACGAGGAGGCCGCCACGCUGAUCAUCAAUGUUGAGGCUCCUCCCGAGUACUCCGAGUACACAGGGCGCGAGUCUUUUGAGGUCAAGCAAGAGGGAGAGCAACUGCUCCCCAACGCUGAAGAUGAAAAGAAUUAA